AUGGCGGCGCGGCCGCCGCUGCCCGACUCGGUGCUGGUGCAGGUCUUGGCGCUGCUGCCGCUGCGGGACCGGCUGCGGGCGGCCAGGGUGUGCCGGCGGUGGCAGCAGCUGGCGCAGGACCGAGCGGUCUGGACACAUGUGGACUUGAGCCCUCACCGGAUCAGCCGCCGCACGCUGUGGCACCUGGUGCGCCACCGCCUCCCCGACAGCCUGUGCACCCUGCGGCUGCGGGGCGUGCCCCGCUCCGGCGGCAAGCAGCGGCUCCUCUCGCCGGCACUGCUGGCUGCCCUCCGGGAGCGCUGUCCCCAGCUCCACCGGCUGUGCCUGACCGAGACUGACCUCCGUCACGUCCCGUACGACAGCAUGCCCGCUUCUGUCACCACGCUGGAGCUGAGCCUCUGCGACAUCUCCGAUGCCUGGUUCUGCGUCUCCCCUUCGGUGCCACCACCACAGGUACAACACCUCGCUAUCCACAGCAUUCCCACCUUUUCUGACCAUCACCUUCUUGACAUUUCCUCACAGAACCGCUUGAAGACACUGAGCCUUUGUGGCACCUACCGCAUCACUGAUAUGGGGAUCCAGGCAGCAGCUCCACACCUGGAGGAGCUGGAACGCCUGAUUCUACGGCACUGCAUCAUUGGGGAUGCUGCCAUGGUGUUCAUCGGGCGCCACAUGAAGCAGCUCCGCCACCUGGAGAUCAGCAAUGCCUACUUCCUGACGAACAGGGGGCUGGUGGCUAUCGUCACCCUGGAGCACCUGGAGACCCUGUGCCUUGACCUCUAUGAUUUGGUCUCCCUUGGUACUGUCAUCGCUUUGCUGCAAGUGCUGCCUCGCCUGAACCACCUCAAAUUAGGUGGAACUGGCUUUGAAGAUGAACUCCUUGAUCUUCAAGUCAGACUGGUCAUGGGGAUUCCUCACCUGGUCCCAAGAGCCAGACAUCCCUUUUGCCCCCAGGCAUUGCUGCUACCUCUGGGUUUUGCUGGACAGCCUUCCUUCCUUGUGACCAGAACAUCCCACAGGAAACAGAGCAGGACAACUAACUCCUCAGUGAAGCCUUUUCUGCCCUGUUUUCAUCCCAAACACCCCCUGCCCUCCAUCCAGCUGCAGCACAGACAGUAAACCUUUGAGUUUUGGAUGGUCCUGGAUGCAGUGACCCUCCCUGUGGUGAAAUCAUCAUUGCUGUUGGGUGGCCUUUGUGCCCUUGCCUCUUUUUUGUUCCUAAAGCCAGUCUCAGGGUAGCUUCAGGGCAAAUAUCCAAAGGUAAAAUGUUCCAUCUCUGCUUUGGGAAGCAUUCCAAGGCUGCUGAGUUAAUAACUACUGCUCUGUGUUUAUCCCAAACGAGGAGAUUAACACUGGUGGCAUCAGCCUCAUUAAAACCUCCAGCAUUCCCUGUUCCAGCACUCUCUGGGAUGGGGAGGGACAGUACAACAGAAAAGGGAAAAUCAAAACCAGUAAAAAUCCAUCAGUCAGUCAAUGCACAGUGAGAUGCAGCAAGAACCUCAAUGUUCUCCUGAUCUUUGCAGCAGCAAUCCUGAUGGCACAACAACAGAAUUUAACAUCCCCACAGUCACAACAUGCCAGUUUUUCAUCAGCUAACUGCUAAACAGGGAACAGAAACUACAAAUUGAUAUGGUGCAAAGUUUUGGAAGGCUUGGAAGCAGAAGGGGAAAUGUAAGCAUUGGAUGACUAUGGGCAAAUUAGGGGGAUAAACAACUGAAAGGUCUUUAAUCAGCAGUUCUGGCUUUGCUCACCCUCCCCACAUACCUGCUUGAAGCUCUUUGGAGAGCUGUUCUUUUGCCUUUAUUUCUUCUGAUUUCCAAAUUCAAGGGGUUUCUACUCAGUUCAUCUCCAUUUCAUCUUUUGCUGACUUGUUUAUUCCCCUUGCCCCACCUUCUUGGUGUCUAUACACACAUCAUUACA